AUGGCCGAACCUUCGGAGGAAGCUAUCACGGAUUUUGUCAGCUUCACAGGCACCUCGCGCGAGCAAGCUAUCAGUUACUUGAAGGCGAACGAUCUCAAUUCCCAAAAAGCCAUCAAUGCGUACUUCGAGAACCCCGCCGGCCCUCAGCCAGAGGCCACGCAGUUCUUCGGUGGUCAGGAUAUUCCCUCUUUCAACAUCGAGAAUCCCGAGCCUGCUCCUAGCAGCAACUAUGUAGCACCUCCGUCACGGCCUCCUUCGCGCGUCAAUAUGCAGCCAACGCCUGAUGCGCCUAGAUAUGGCGAGAAGACAGAUCUAUCCGCUGCGAAUACAACGGAAAAUAAUACGGAAGGGUUGACUCUAGCGGAGCGAGAAGAGCGCGAUCUGCAGCAGGCGAUGGCAAUGUCUCUGGACCAAAGUUUUGGAGAACAAGAGAUAGGGGUUACGAGCAGUGCUGGGCCAAAUUUCGGGCCUGCAACGCGAGAUCACUAUGACUCGGGAGAGUGGGCCAUGACUCUCUUUAACCCCAGCUCCCGUGAAGCGAUCAUCAGCCCAGAUCCUCAUGACCGCGCACGGGUCAGCGAUGAGCCUGCUUUUCUUCGCCCGUCCCAAGAAGGCCUGCAUCUGGGAGGUCUCCUCACCAUUCUUCAUUCCAUUCCGCUGGCCAGGGAAGCGCUUCUGCUCCGGGAGAAGGUCUUGCCGGACUAUGGUUAUGACCCACAAUGGUGGAACGGACAACCUAUCAACACCCCCAAGAUUGUUUCACUUGACGAUGUCUAUAGCGAUGAUGAUGAUUGGGAUGACAUCCUGUACGAAACUCAGAGAUCAAUCGCCUUUCUGGAUUCCACAGAACGUGCGUUUGGGAGUGUCGAUGCCUUGGCGAGUUUCAGAUCAAUGUCGACAUACGGGCCUGACGCUGCUGUACCUAAAUUUCUGGAAACGUGGUCUGCAGCAGCGGAGCGCGCAUCUCCAGAGAAUAAAUUAACAACGGUUUUUUCUUCUCACGCAGUCAAGCAGUCACUUUCCGGCACAGAUACGCCGAUCGAGAGGAGUUUCGUUACGCUCGAAUGUUUUGAAGAGCCGGAACAAGGCCAGACGCUAUAUGAUGUCCUGGAUCGUACAGUAUGGGCCGACAGGCCGGGUGAAGAGCUUGACUACGUGUGGUUGGAACGUGUGGCUGAUGUCCUCACUAUCCGAUUGGAGAACCCUAAGCCGUCAGCUACAUCGCUUCAAGUGAAAAUACCUGCUACGUUUUACCCUGAUCGUUAUCUUCGUGCCUGCAGAGACAUUGCACGUGAAUUCCGCACCAGCCGGCUUGAAGCUUACAAGGAGAUUGCCAAGCUGGAAAAUGUCAUGGACCGAUUCACUGUCUCCAGGUCACUGGUCAACAAAGGCUUUACGUCGAAAGAGAUACUUGAGAAAGCAGCUGCGGCAGCAGUGUUGGCUCUACCUAAAAACCUCGCGAAUGGCGCCACAGGUGAUUCCUUGACACCGGAAGCGGCAAACGCAGAAGGCCAGCGACUUGCUAAUGAGCUACGCGCUAUAUCGGAAAAGAUUGAGCAGAAGCUGAAAGAGCUCGAAGUGCGAAGACAAAAUGCCUUAGAGACCCUCCGGGGUUAUUCCAAAACCCUUACCGAGCCUUCUGCCUCACCUGACGAACCACCUCAUUGUGAGUACACCUUGCGAGGUGUAUGCACAGAGCCGCAUAUAACAUAUGUUCUCAGACGGUGUGCGGAACGCCGUUCUGAGGAUCAAAUGGAUAUCGACAAGCCGCAGCAAGGGUGGCAGUGGUGGCGGAUCAGCUUUUCUACUGACGAUGCUAAGACACAACAGUCCGAAUCUAGUAAGAGUAAUGGCACGGGAAAGUACGUCGCACCGCCAAACACAGACGUUAUUGGUUACACCGCUCGCAAGGUUCGGGAAAUCGAGGUUCUCAGAGCAGCACGAGAAGAGUCGAAAAGCGUCUUGCUUGUUUAUGCAAACAGUAGCGCUGUCCAAUUUGGGGAGAGUCCAGCUCCAACCCCCCUUCAGGAAUUCGUCGAAAGGGACAACGAGUCCUUCGAGUUCGAGCUGAAGGAAGCGGAACGUGAAUUACAGGACGAGGGUCCAGAGGAUGGGCAACAAUCACCAUCGCAGGAGCAAACAGGGGAACAAACUAAAGAUGGACAAUCACUGUCCUUGACUCAGCCUGUUCCGGUUGACUCAGCGCCGGCCAACAGCGAGAAUUCUGCCGACUACGAGGCACCUAUGUCCGACCAGGGUACAGUUCAGGGACAGGAGAUGCAGGAAAAGGGAGGGGUGAGUCUAUUCACCCAGUCACUAUCCAGUAGUGGGCAGUAG